ACUCACACACACUUUGGAUCUCGUAGAUCUUCCGUUGAAUUUACCGGCUGCUUUAAUUUUGCAGGGUUUUCUGGUUUUUGCAGCGUUGUCUCUGCCCCGUUUUUUACUUUUUUUUUUUUUUGAAAGGAAUAGUCGCUAAAAUCCCACGUCAGAGCCCGUGUUAAAUGUAAGCCUUCGGGGUCAUUCAGUUAAUGAGGGAAAUGAAAUGGAGGUGAAUAAAGAUGAACGCCACCAGUUGAAUGGGCCUAAUGACCAUCAGCGACGAGCAGCGCGGAGUUGAGAGUCUCGUCAGCGCCAGUCUGACCGACCAAUCACAGCGCUCCCCCACUGGCGGACCUCUGUGAGGCCAGUCGCAGUUAGGCGGUGUAAACCUAUCUGGCUUGGAAAUUAUGAAGGGAACCAGCUUCGGUCAGUUGUAGAAGGAGAAAAGUUAAAUUGAGGGGAAAGAUUUUUUUUUUUAGCGACGCGUUUGAGAUUUUGAGCACCAGGAUUACUGCGUGUUCUCCGGGAUAGUUGCGCUGUAACUUGUGCUGAACAGCAAACGGAAUUUUCCGAUGUAGUGUGUACUUGAACUGCCUUGUCACAUGUAUCAGAAAAUCUCAGAACAUCUCGUUGGGCACUGACUCUCUCUCUCUCACUCUCCUGCUCGCGUUUUUUCCCCCCUCUUUCUGCCGUGAUAAUGGAUUACCAAUAGCCGGAUGGAGACGCAUCAAGAACGAUUGAGAUCUGCGGCACUUGUAAAAAAGAACACGGGCGUUUAAAACAGGUGGCAGAUCCAGCAACAGUUCAAGCUGUCCUGAUCAUCUUCUGCCUCAAUAACAGGCUGCCAUCCGCGAGACGCUGAGAUACAGUGCGCAGGCUCUCCCAGCGCUGUUCUCCAGCAUCAAACCCCAGAGCAACGCACAGUGGAUCUCUCGGCCAGCACAUUCCAGGUUUGAUUGUCGACAUGUAAACCUCAAGACAAUUCUGGAAAUCAAGCAGAACGUUUAGAGUCGACGAGAAGAAAAAAAAAUUGUGCCGGAGAGCUCUUUUGGAAACAUUAGUCAGUGGGAGAACUGCUGCUUUGUGUCUCUCAUUUUUCCUCCACUGAACUCUCCUCAGAAGGUUAGAGGAGCAUGUAACUGAAACAAGUGGAGCCCUCGGUGAUUUCAGCAUUCUGUCUCCCCCAUCUGUGCCUACAUUCUCUGCUACAGAUAGGGACGUUUUGAUAAUUACAUAUAAUUAUAAUUUCUGUGGGAGACAGAUCUGCCUCUGUCUAUUAUUGCCAACACCUCCAACACAAUAACUUCACACAUUUACAUAUUUCUCAACAAAAGUGAUAUUCUUUGAACCUCCGACACAAAUCAGGAAUAAUUUUACUUAGAGAGACGUGUCACAUGGAGAAGCGAUGUGCCAUUCAGUUCAUAUCUAAUGAGUUAUUUUGUGCCUAAAAGCUGAAUGCGGAGCAUUUAAAAUCCACGACAUUUGCCUCAUUUUGCAAUGUGUUUCACAUGCUGGGAGUCAUUUAUUUGGUUUAUGCUUACUCCUGAUUUUCAGUUGUUACAGUCUUCUAGCACUUAAGCUGAGCCUGCCUCAUUAUCACCCCCAUCCCAAUCACAGAAACAGUCCGUGCCAGGCAAGAACUGAUGCACAUUAAUCCCACCAUAGAAAAGACUGAGAUAAAGCACACGGUGUAUCUACAGAUGUGACGAGUGCCUAGAACAAGUUAACAUGGAGAUAAGUCCCUGCUCCAGAGAAACUAGGCAUCGUUAAUGAACAGUUUUCAUCAGUGGUGCAGUCUUUUGUUUCCAUUUGAUUGUUUACAAUGCCAAAAAGCACCAAAUAUAUAACAAGAGUUAAAGAUUUCAUAGGUUUUUCCAGAAAAGAAUUGCUUACGGCUUAAAUAAGUGCCAAUUCUGAAUGUAUGUCGUGCCAGACUGGAAUAGUCGUCCAGGAAUGAACAAAACAGAUAAAACUGUUUACAUUUGACAUAGCACUGGCCAUAGACUAUUGUUCAAGUGCCAUGAUCAGCACAGGAAUGUAUAGGACUGCCAUAUUUUAGUGAAAAUAGUUGCUACUAAUUUCUACUGGGCUUUGUGCUUGUGAAAAUUAAUUCCAUCCAGCAGGACGUUAAGACACUCUUUUGUUCAGUGGGACAUGUAGAAUAAGACAUUAAGGACUAAAAGCAUGAGGAUCGUUGUUCUCAAUUUGUCCUUUUUACAAAGCUGCAUCCAUUUUAGUGUUGUAGACUUGAGAGGUGGCUUUGGAGGGCAAAAGAUGAAAUCAUUACAGAUUCAGAGUUCCUUUCUAGGAGUAAAUUAAAACAAUUUUAAUUCCAUUAACCACAGUUAUUGAAACACACAAACUGAGUCUUUUCUGCAGUUACAUCAUAUACAUACUCAGUUUCUGACCAAACAAAACACCUGGUUUCAAAAUUCAUCAUGCAACAUUACUGAAUGAAACUAUUGAUACAUCAUCAAUAUUCAGUAGGUCGUACAUGCUUCUUGAAUAUUUCACAUGCUGUUUUAGUGGGUUAAACUGCAAAAGCGGAUACAGCGUUGUAACUGCAUUGACUCAACAACAGAAAAUAGAUCUCUUAGUCAUGUAAAAAUGACGCCCACCACCAAUCUCAGAGUCCUCGCUGUCUCCCUGCUCUCCCUCCUUACUGCCCCACUUACCACUUUUGUCGAGACCUCUCCCUCCCCCUCUCCUCAGCACCUUGACCCCUCAGGGAGGCCGUUCACAGAGGAGCCCAAAACUGACCCCAGCCCCUCGCUCCUGCUCCUUGCCAUCCAGGCCAAUAUCAGGCCAGCUGCUCUCCAAGGCAGGACCAAAACCCCCGAGAAACUUCCAGAGACCUCAGAGGGAGUUCUGGAGGCGCCUCCGAGACCCCUGCCCCAGGUCAUGUUCCCUAAGAAUGUGACUUCAGCGGAGGCCCUGGCUCCUCCCUUAGGUGCCGCCCAGGUAGCGCCCAUCCGACCACGACUGAUAGAUGUAUGGAUGGAUGUAUGUCGGGGGUAUUAUGACGUAAUGGGACACUUUGACAGCGCUUUCAACUGCUCCAAGGACACCUUCAUCUACUGCUGUGGAACCUGCCACUACCGCUUCUGCUGUCCAGAGCGUAGCCGGCAACUGGAGCAGGACAGCUGUAAAAACUAUGACUCUCCAGACUGGGCCAAGCCACAGACAGACGCCAUGAUAUUACCAGGAGAAUUAGGUCCUGACCCAGACUUUGACCCACUGAAGCAGCAGAGCCACAACACUGGCUUUGUCAUCGGUGGUGUGGUUGUGUUCAUGGUGGCUGUUGCUGUGGGCAUCAAAGUGGUCUUCAACAAGGUGCAACAGGAAGCCAAUCAAAGGGACCUCAAUAUGCCCAGAGCCCUGGUUGACAUGUUGCGGCACCAGUCGAGCCCGGUCCAGCAGGAUGAGAGAAACAACAGCGUGGCUCUGACUGUUGGGGAUGGACAGGGGACACUGGGGAGAGCUCCAAAAAAUCUUUACGCCCCAGGACUGCCCAGCAAGGACAACAGAUUGGGCAAUUUGCAACACAAUUUCAUCCACUCAUCAGGCUCCAGCCCCAAACACACCGCAACUAUCGAACGCACCCCUCGAAUGAACAAUGCUCAGCUGGCAGCUGGAGGCACCCUGCUCUCCAGUAAACACAACAACACCAAAUCCCAGCCUGCCUUCCACCACUCCCUGCACAACCUGGCUCAGCUGCCUCCCUCCUAUGAGAGCGCCACCAAGCCUGAGCUCAACAGAUACUCCUCCCUUAAACGCCUCGAGAAAGGUCUUGAUGAGUACUCGUCUGGUUACUGCACAACCAAGCGCCGGCCUCACACAGCUCAGCCGGCCCUCCAGUCCUCUCAGCAUCACCUCCACUGGGGCGGAGACUACACCCUCAGUGGGAGAGGAACCCUCCCCAGGCACGCAGUUCGUCCCUGGAUCCCACCGCCGCCUUCUGGCAUGCCUGCCUCACCCACCCCCAAUCCUUACCCUCUGGAUCCCCCGGAGCCCCAGUACAACCCCAACUACGACACUCUCUCCAAGCCCCCGAGGAAAGUCAAGUCCACUGACCAGCUGCUCAACAUGGGUGAUGUCCCUGGCAACACGGGGACUCUGUCCAGGCUGUCCAAGAACCAGCAACACCAGUACUACAAAGCCAUGGCUGCCUCCAAUAAGAACUCCAACACGCAGACCCUCACCCGCAAGACCCAGGAGAGGCAGGAGAGACGGCAGGAGGAACGGCUGCUCAUGUCACCGGACCAUUUGGAGGACAGGAUGGGGGUUGGCGGUAUGGGUGUUGUAGAUCCAUACGCCCACACCGGAGGGAUUGUCCCCACGCUGCCUCGCCAGCAGAAGGCCCAGUCCCAGCAGAACGUCUGCGCCACGCCCUCCCUUGACCGGCACCACAUGAUCAAGAUGAACUCUCACCCGACGUCUGGACGAGAGCAGGAGAGGAACACGGCCAUGACGGGGCACAUGAGUGGGGGCAUGGGCUGGGCGGGGGAGAUGCCCGGGGCGGGGGUAGUCAUGGGAACGGGAACACUAGGGGGCCACAGUGCGAGGAGGAUGGCUUUUGCAGCGAAAAGGCAGAACACAAUUGAGCAGCUACAUUUCAUACCGGGAGGGGGCGGCGGAGGGUCAGGAGGAAGUGGAGGGGGCAGUCAGGGGAUCAGGACGGGGAGUAAAAAUGAGGUGACAGUGUGAGGUUUGUGCCUAAUGUAGAGUUUACCCCUCAUGUAAGGUAUGGGAAUAGAUCACCCUUCUGCAUUUAACUAUUAGAUAUACAACUACAAGAAAUACAACUAGAAGUAUAAAGUAUAGUAACAGUAUAAUGUGUUUAGGCUAUUCAAAUUAGUGUUAUCUUGUAAUUAAAUAGCUUAAAUAUGAUUACUUAAUUAAAUAUCUAGGAGGGGAAUAUCCGUUCCAAUUAUGUGAUAGCCUACAUCAGCCAUAUUUUGUAACAGAAUUUGCCAUAUUGCCAUAUACAGCGGUGCCAUUACUUGUAGAAAGACUGACUAGAAGGGUGAAACAAAACCAACAGAAGUGUCGUUCAUAAUUUUGUUUUUAUAUAUAUGUUUUUCAAAAAGUACUCAGGAGCCAUAUUAGAUAGGGAACCAGACGAUAUCAAAAAAAUAAAAGAUGAGGCGGAUGAGGAGGAGGACCAUAUGGAAUAUUGUAUCACAGAAUUUCAUAGAGAAUCGAGCCAACUACCUGCUGGACUGUCGACCUGCUCAGCCCUCGCCAUCAAUGAUUUAUUAAACUGAAUCCCAUAGGUAAAGAGGAGAUGUGACACUCUGCUGAACCAACCUCAUCCUGACACGGGGAAACAGAACUGCUUUUUGUUGCUUCCUUUGUAAAUGAGCGGACAAGGUGGGGGCUGGUUCUGACUGGGACACAGCAGCCUGACACUAUUGGCAGGACUCUGCGACCGAUUUAAACUGCGGACGUACCCACAUUACAAAUCUGAUGCCUGGGUUGCCUAGUUUUCCAUGUGACCUUAGAUCAAAUCCCCAGAGGACCACACACUCUGAUCACUGUUACACUACAGCAGUGUAAGCUGACGUUAGAUUACAUUUUGGGUAAGUUUUCCCUAGUGUUCCCAUCUAUAGAUCAGGAGCUAACUGUAAAAACAGUGGGCUACCAAAUAAUAUAGAGCCAUCAGCCACAAUAUUACAAAAAAUCUUGACGUGAACACACACACACACGAGUCAAGAGAUUACCGAACAGACGUAUGUGUUCAGUUUACCAAUAAAAAGGCAACUUGCUUUUAUGUAGGUUGUGUAUGAGGAGCAAAGGUUUUUCUACAGAGCACAAAUGAAUAGACCAUGACGCAGAGGUUGCACUUACACAACUGUCCUUCAAAGCCAUUUAUGGAGAUACAAAGAAAAAACAACAGAAGAAGCUGGUCUGACAAUCACCAUUUUAUUCUUCUCACCAGGUGACAGAUUAUACGAGUCAGUGAUGUUUUGUACAGUCAAAGGAUUGGCUUCAAAGCGAGCCAAAAUCCUCUGAGUCAGGAGCGAGGGGCAUCCUGAGGCCUUUCUCCUGCAUGGCUCCGUAUGCCGUAAGAGACUUGGAUGGUUAGGAAGCCCUUCCCAUCCUCAAGACGAAGACCUUGCUGUAUCAUAACGCACUUCAGCCAGUAUGAGUUUAAAAAAAAAAGAAAAGAGAAAAAAAAAAUCUUCAUCAAUAACAACGCUUAUUAUCAAUACUAAGGGCUAUCCUAUCCUAUAUACUGUAGUAUGUGAUAUCUGUGGUCCAUAUAAAAUGCUAUCUCUUUCUCUUGAUUUUGUGUUGAUAUUGUCAUGAUGUAUUAAGUAUUAAUGUGUACAAAAAACAAGAGCAAUUUAAGCACAGUUCAAAGAGAAACACAGAGACAAAACUUUGCACAAAUCUAUCCCCUGAUAUUUGCACCAGAUACAAAACACCCUUUGUAUCGUGUCCUCAAGGUUUACAUUCUGUACGAGCACGGCUGAAAGUGUGACUGAUCAAUGUGUCAAGGUAUUGUAUUGAGAGAGGAUUUUUUUUAAUCAACAGAAAUCGGAGGUAAUUACGCAGAUCACAGAAGGAACGUGUUACUGCUCGGUUUUUGUUCAGUCAUGUGAAAGGAUACAGAGACGAAAUGCUGACAAACAGAAACACAGAUUUCAUUUGGACAAUCUUCCUAUACACAGUGCUAAAUGUAGUUGUUAUGAAUAUGAUGGAGUGUUAUUAUUAAUGAUUAUUAUAACUGUUAUGGUUAUUAUUAACAAUUAUCUUAUGAUGUGAUGUUCUUUUACUUGGUGGGAUUUAAGUGUUUAUUGUUUUUAGAUAACUAGCAUUCUCAUGACUAGUUGGUUUUUCAUACAUCUGGUCAUAAAUUCAAGUUUUUAAAAACAUUCCAAAUCUUGAUGCAUGCCAGCUCCAUUUCAUUGAGAGGCAUUUACAGUAUGCCUGGAUUUUAAGGUCAUCAAUGCUUAUAUGGCCAGUUUUCCAGCUGUAUGUACUGUGCCUAGACAUCGGCCUUAUGACUUCUUGAUCUCAAGUGAUUACUUAGGUUUCCACUCUGGUACAAAAACAUCUAUUGAAAAAAUCUGCAGCCUUCUAAACGUGUAAGUGUAGAUGAUGGUGUUUUAACAGCCAGUGAGGGAUAGAUGAGUUUGGGACGGGCCAGGAAUUGGGAACGCCACCAGACUAGAGACAGUCUGAUGUCGCCACUGCAGCUGCCUGACCCAAUAACUUAUAAUGGGUUGUACACACAAAGCCCAUGACGCCAUAAUGUAUGUGUGUUCGGAUGAAUGUUUAUUAUACAGGUUGGAUAAAGACCGGUCUGACGGACACCCGAAUGCUUUUGAGUGCAGUGUCUUUUUCAGGGAAUUAGGACAGAUGACACACAGUAGUUUUAGAUUUUUUUAAUAGAGCCACAAAAAGGUCUGUAGCAAAGUCUGUAAUAUCUCACAAGCCAUAUCCAUCGAAACUCAUUAUCACAAUUUUAUAAAUGGUUAAUCUAAUUUGUGCAAGUAUUGUAUUUUGUAUAGCUAGUACAAUCAGAAUAUUUUGAGUGAUCUCUUCGACAUUAAUUUGAGGAUUCAACAAAUUAUGUGUUAGUAUUUAAUGAAUUGUACAGUGCCAAACUCAUAACAUUUUGUUGUCUUUCUAUUGUCGUAGCUUCCUACACAGCUACAGGAGUUAUUUCUUUUUCACAACUGAGAACUGAUAUACAGGCAAGUGAGCUAAAAAGGCUAGUUUUCAGAAGGAAAUGAAUGAAUAUGGUGUGUGUUUUUACCAUUAUGAAUUCAUUUAGAGUGAGGAGGGUUUAUGGCCACCUGAAAUGUAAAGCAUUACUAACAGUCAAUUGUACGGGACAGGGACAGUGUCCAGUAACGAAAUUCAUGGAUUUAUUUUCAUGCCUGUAAAUUACAAAACAACCCUUUUGUUAUUGUCUAAUGCAUUGAUCCCCUUGGAUACGACAUGGACUUACAAAGAAUUUGUAUAAUAAAGUUGGUGGGAAAAGA